AUGGCAGGCGCGACACAGCAUCGCAGCCGCGGCUUCAUCAUCAAAACGCCUCCUGCGACUAUUGAUGACGGGACUCUCGCCGACGCGCCGCUCGCCGACACGCCUGUCGAUGGCGAUGACCUUGAACAGCACGGCCAACUCCGUCACUCUGGCUCCUCGCAACAUAGCGGUUCUGCUCACGGUGAGAUUGCUCCUCUGGGCGCCAAUGUAAUCAAUGCUCUUCGAAUUGUCAGCAAGCUCGAGCAACUGGGCCUGGAUAAGCAGGAGAUUUCGCUCCCCAAGUGCAUCGUUCUAGGGCAACAGUCUACUGACAAAUCCUCUGUGAUUGAGGCACUCUCCGGCAUCAAGACCCCGCGAGAUACCGGCACAUGCACACGCUGCCCGUUGUUCAUUGAGCUGCAGCCUUCAGCGGAUCCGAGAGGCGUCUGGCAUGCAGAUAUUUAUUUGUUACGCCAGUAUGAUGUUGCCACAGACACACGUCAACGCGGAAUGGACACCGAGUUUACAGGUUGGGUCCCAGCUGCAGUCCCAGCUAAGAUACCAUUCGCCCAAACCGACAACCCUGCACAUCUCGAACACCUGAUUCAUUGUGCGCAGCGAGCUACUCUGAGCCCGCUCGAGAACCCUGAUUCGUUUCUCGACCCGUCUUUCGAUGACAGCGAUAUCCAUAGAACCUUAUUCAGCCCUAAUAUCGUCUGCAUCACUGUCUCGAAGCCCGGCCUGCCACCCUUGAGUUUCUUCGAUCUGCCAGGUCUGAUCGGUCAAGCAGAGAACGAUGAUGAGGCGUCCAUUUUACCUUUGGUCGAGAAGCUUGUAACAAAGUACAUUAUGGACCCGGAAGCGCUGAUUCUUGUCACUUGCGCCUUGAAGACCGACGUCGCCAACUCGAUCGCCGCUGGAUUGGUAAAGAAGAGAAAUGUCACGGAUCGCUGCAUGGGAGUGCUCACGAAACCCGAUCGUCUUCGUGUGGGCGAGUCCCCGAAGGACUUGGCAAACAUCUUCGAAGGUCGUCGCUUCUCCAUGGGUCACGGAUAUUUCGUAGUGAAGAACCUGAACUCCGAGGAGAUCAAACAAGGUCUGACACUCCAAGACGCCCGCAGACUUGAGAACGAAUUCUUUACGACAGUUGCGCCCUGGUCAACUCAUUUGCGGCCAUAUCAAGCGCGCUUCGGAACUCUCAACAUGCAACAGUACCUCUCCUCCCAGCUUGGCAACCGAGUGUUGUUGAAGCUCCCUGCCAUAUACCACCAAAUCGAGGAGCGCCUUGCUACAGUGAAUGAGGGGCUAAGCCGCACCCUGGAGACGCCAGUUUAUACCGCAGUCCGCACGGUCGCCGAUGUCCUUGAAGCAUUCUCGAACCAGAUCUCUAGCGAGAUGGCAGGUGACCAUGGCCAUGUGCUGUGGAAUAACACGUGGAAAGAGAUUCAACAGACGUUUUGGAACGAUCUGCUGACCUUGAAACCUACCAUGCUGGUAGGUGGUGAUUUGGACAGUGGUGUCUUCUAUGCUACGCUUGCUGGUGGCUCAGCCGAUGAGUCUAUUGUCAUCGACUCAGAUGGCGACGAUCAAGAGAUAGCGAACGCUCCAGAGACACCAAGUAAGAAGCGGAAGCACGACUCUCACACCAAGCGUGAGCCUCAGACACCCGCUCCAUGCUCUUCGCUAUCCAAGACCCCGCAGAAGCCGUCCGGGAGACCCACACGGGUACCUCCCCCAAGCACGUCGACUUCGGACCGUUCACACAACUUCGCCAGACUGAAGAAGCAGCUCAAGUUGGAUGAAGUCGCUUUGCAGAUCCGUCAAAGCGCAGGUAGCGACGUUCCUGGACAGAUCGACCGAAAGAUGCGUGAUGAGAUGAUACUGUCUACUUUUGAACACUGGCCACUCGUCAUCAAGGAGUUCUUCAACAAGUUUGAAAAGCAGCUGAAGACUCGUAUGCGAAACAUAUUCGAUAUACAUUUCCGGCACUGGAAGGGUUCAGAGUUGCAUUCAGCAUCAUUGAUGAUCUUUGAAAGCGUGCUCGACGCAAAUCUCCAUGAACAGCGAGGGACGAUGGCGGUUGAGAGCUUCAAUGACGAGCGUAAGAAGCUUCAUGUCUUUCACAAGGACAUCCUCGAUUUUGAGAAGGCCAACUGGAUGGAGAAGUGUGAAAGCAAACGUCUUGAGGCUCGUUUAAAGAUGUACGGCAAGGAAGCCUACGGCCGAGCAUUGUCGUCAGUCGAAGAGGCCAAGCUCAAGAAGGAUGAGAGAAGGAUGGUGAUCCUUAGGAAAGAGCCGUACCGCGUGGAAAUCAACUUGGUUGCUGAUAUGGUAGCGCACUACAUGAUCGCUGCUCGCCGCAUCCACGACAAGAUCAUAAUGAGGAUCGAGUCCAAGUUCUUCGAACAGCUUCACGAGAAACUUCGUGAUGAGCUGCAAGACCAGCUUGGGAUUUACGAUGGGCCGAACGGUCCCCAUAACGCCCAACGCCUCCUUGCGGAAUCACCGGAGCGUCUAGAGCGUCGUAUCACCUUGGUCGCCAAGAAGAAGGCGCUCCUCGAGGGGCUUCAGUGCUUCAAAGAACAUAACCAGAAGUUUCAAGCCUAG